AUGGGAGGUACCUCCUCGCUGGGCCCGAAUGAGCACCCGAGUGGGUUCAUGCAAACAUCCGCGAUGGCCGGUGUUCAACAAACGGCUCCCAUACAAGAGCAGCUGGCGCUAGAGCUGCAGGUACGUCCGGAUCACAACACAGGAUCGGGGUUAACACCCCCGUUUGGACCGUAUCCCGACGACAUGGCCGCCGAAGAGGGCCCAACCACCGGCGGACCGGAUGUUCCCAUGGCCCAUUUUGCCUCCACGGCGAUGGACGAUCCCGUCCCGGCUUGCAAUGGCCCCUGGCCGGUCAUAUGGGACGGGCCGGGGGAUCUGGACUGGACAUCGUGGUUAACAGGAGCAGAUUUCGACCUGGAUGCGCUGAAUCAGUCAUUGCUGGAAUCGACGGAGCUCCGUGCACACGACGCUGCCCGCACCGGGGGUGGCGCACCGGGGCCAGUUCAGCGAAGAUGGCAUACCUUCUCCGAAACAGCGAUAUCGUCCGGCCAGACAACACCAGAUCGGGGCGAUCCAAGCACCAAUGACCCAGGCCAGAUCCGCAUUUUUGCCGACGAAUCGUACCGACAGAGACUUGCUGAGAGCCUCAGACAACGGAUCCAACCGGGAAUUCUACCCUCCACGGGAUUCCUGAACCUUUGUCUCCAGGCCUAUUUUACACACUUCCAGUCCAUAUUUCCUUUGCUUCAUGUGCCAACAUUUCAACCCUCCCAGAACAAUGCCAUUCUGCUCCUCUCCAUCUGCUCGAUCGGGAGUCUGUUUCUUGGGUCGGAGCGGGCAAUGACCCAUGGCAUAAGCAUGUUUGAACGGAUGCAGAAAGCAAUUUUGGCCUCCUGGGAGACUCAUAUCUCCGCGAGGAAGGGUUUAUCGAUUAUUUCUUUACAGGCGGCGUUAAUAGGUCAAACCUUUGGCCUCCUGGUUGGGAGACCGAAGGACUUGACUGGAAUCGACAUCUUUCAUGGGAGUAUAGUGGCAUGGGCACGCAAAGCGAGGCUAUUUAAUCUGGCGGAUGAUCCCAGAGCACAUCUGAUCAAUAUAGAUGAUAACUACGAGGAACUGGAAGGAGCAUGGAGAUCCUGGGCGCGAAAUGAGGAGAAGAAACGUAUUGUUCUAGGCAUCUACAUUCAUGAUGUGGAAGUGGCUAAGCUCCACAAUCACGAACCGAUUCUCCGGCACGGAGUUGAAAAGGUGCCAAAAUUAUCUCCCCCAAACGUGUUCAUGGCGCCCAAUGCGGCCGCCUGGAAACGGGAGCUGAUAUCCAUACGGACACCGGUUCACAUCCCACCAUCUCCAGCCGACACGGAUCCACUUUCACUAUCGGUCGAAACAGGACAAGGCGAUGAUUUCGAGUCCUAUGCGACCCUAGAAUCCAUCGGUGCGUUAGCCCACGAGAAUCGCGAUUCUGGGGGUACUCGGCCGGCCAUUGUUCAAAACUGCCAGAAAUUAUUGACCCAGUGGUAUCUAAGGCGCGUCAACCACGACCCACGAAGCACGCUGCACGCCAACAGGACCCAGGACCCCUUCUGCCUCAUGAUCCUCUGGCACUCGACCUUCAUGCACCUAUAUACCCGUUUUGACGACCUGGAAUGUGCAUGCGGACGAGAGGGCGAGACGGUAUCGCAACAAAAGCGUCCGUACGCAGAGGCCUGGGUAAGGUCAGUGGAUGCGAAACGCACGCUCCUUCACGCAGCCUUGGUUCAGAGACACUUCCAGUCCAUUGCGGUGGGUGCGGAGCCAGCGGUCCAUGUGCCUAUGGCAUUGUACUAUUGUGGCAUCGCAUGGGCAUCUUUUACUCAGUUCCGGAUCAACGAACCUCCGAUCGAUGGCGAUUCUGAAGAUUUAGAUUUCCCGGAAUUGAGAAUGUUAGGGAUCAACCAGACGAAACUCUUCUGUGAAGUGACUCGUGGAAUUCAACUGGGAAGACUGGAAUCUGGCCCCCUUUUCAUAAUCAUCGACCUGCUAGGGAAGAUAAGCCAUUGGAAAAUAGCUCAGAACCUUUCAGCCACUCUACUGGCGUUCGUGGAGAAUUUGCCAGAUCUAUUUUGA